AUGCCCCCAAACCUAGAAAUCGCAACUUUUACUCCGUCCUCCGCUCUCCUAGCUCUCAGAUCCGGCGCGCAACGCAUAGAACUUUGUGCAUACAAGGAUAAAGAUGGAUUGACGCCUGACGCGAAGGAUUUCUCGAGUGUGUACUCUGCAUCUACACCACAUGCGCAGAAUGAGAAAACAUUUGACGGGAAGAUCGAGGAGAAAAAAGAAGAGGAGAAUGGAGAAAUCAAUAUCAUGAUUCGACCGGUUGAUAAUAGUUCGCUGGGCGGAGGACGCGAUGAUAAUUUUAGGGUGGGAGAUGAAGUGUUUGUGGAGAUGAAGGAGGAGAUUAGGAGGUUUAGGGAGUUGGGGGGGAGGGGGUUUGUUUUUGGGAUUUUGAGGGAUGAUGAGGAAGGGGAAAAAGGGUUGGUGGUUGAUAGGGAGAGAUGUGCUGAGUUGAUUGGGAUUGCGAGGGAGGGGGAGGGCGGGGAGAAUGUGAGGUGUACGUUUCAUCGGGCAUUUGAUCGAAUUGAAAGUGCGAGGAUGAAUGAGGAAUUGGAAGUUCUCAUAAAUUUAAACUUCACAUCUCUCCUCACAUCCGGCGGGGCUCCCACUUCGGUUGAAGGAGUUGUACAGCUUCAAAAAUUGGUACAGCAAGCAGCGGGUAGAAUUGAUAUCAUUGUCGGAGGCGGUGUACGCAGUAAAAAUCUCGAAGGGUUGGCGCAAGAAACAGGAGCGGGAUGGUUCCAUAGUAGUGCUGUGAUCGGAGACGGAGAAGAUGUAGAUGGCGAGGAGGUAGGGAAAAUGAGGGACAUCUUAGGGAGUGCAAGAGUUGGUUAA